AUGAUGGGGCACGCCGACGUCCUCAUGGGAGACCCAGACGCCGACGCUGCCACCCCAGCAGCCGAGACCAACACUUCGACAAGCGAGACGGGCGAGCGCGACUCGGUUCUCUUCUCAGAACAGGUGCGCGCCGAGAUCGAGGGAAGCCGGGAUUCUCGGUCGCGCUCCCGCUCGACCAUGGCCACGACCACGGGGCCAGAAGGCGACGAGACACAAGAGGGUGACGACGACGGCGGCGACUACUCGGGCAGCAUGUUCUACUACAUUGACGACGAGAAGGUUGGCAUCGCCCCUGGCGCCGUGGAGCCCACGGCUGAAGCCGGCUCGGACAACGCCACGGAAACGCCAGCAGACGACAAUGUCGACAUGGACGACUGGCUAGAGGAGAGCAACGAGCCUGCCGACGCCGAGGCCGACUUUGAGCCAGCCGCACCCAACGAUCCUGCCCCCGACCAGAUGACUCGCGUGCUCGAGCACCACGACCAGAUGUUCCAGGUCGAAGAGGAGAGCGAGGACGACUACGAGGAGCCAUUAAGCUACCACUCGGGCGACUCGGACGAGUACGACAUGGAACACCGCCCAUGGCUGGAGCGCACGUCGAUCAAGCGCGAUAUUCAGGAGCUGUACGCCAUCAAGGGCAUGUGGAACGGCGCAUACGACCAGGCGCGGUACCGCGCCAUUGACCGGCUCGGCGAGGGCACCUUCUCGAGCGUGUACCUCGCCGAAGACUCGCUGCACGACAUGCACAGCAACACGUACUGGACGUGCGAGCCAGACGUCGAGGUUGGCGACAAGGCGUCCAUUACGACCCGCGUCGCGCUCAAGAAGAUUCUCGUGACGUCGUCCCCGGCCCGGGUGGAGAACGAACUGCAUAUCCUCGAGAACCUCCGCGGGUGCCGCAAUGUCUCGCCGCUCAUCAGCGCAUUCCGCGACGAGGACCAGAUUGUCAUUGUGCUGCCCUACCACGCGUGCGACGACUUUCGCUACUUCUACCGGUACAUGGACCCGCCCAAGAUGCGGCAGUACAUGACGUGUUUGAUGCGGUCGCUCAAGGAUAUCCACGCGAGGGGUAUCGUGCACCGCGACGUCAAGCCGGCCAACUUUCUGUUCGACUACGAGAGCGGACACGGCGUGCUGGUCGACUUUGGUCUGGCGGAGCGAUACACGCCGCCACGGCGCCCGACGUGCCAGCACGAGCCGGCGACCCGCGCGUCGCUGCACGGCACGAGAACAAAGACGAACGACACGCCGACCGUCGAGCAGGCCGUGUACGAUGCCAGAAAACGCGCCAAAGCCGGCGAGGGACGGAUAGGCUUCCGGCAGGAGGAUGCCCGGCCGUCGAUCAAGACGAACCGUGCCGGGACACGAGGCUUCCGUGCACCAGAGGUGCUCCUCAAGUGUCCCAACCAGACUGUGGCGAUCGAUGUGUGGUCGGCUGGUGUCAUUCUGCUGUCGCUCCUGUCGCACAAGUUCCCAGUGUUCAACUCGACCGACGACAUAGAGGCGCUGAUGGAGAUUGCUGCGUUGUUUGGGCGCAGCGCGAUGGAGCGGUGUGCGUUGCUGCAUAACCGAACAAUCAUGACCAAUGUCCCGAGCGUCGACGCGGCGCCCGACUCGCUGUCGGCGCUCAUCCUUCGCCUCAACCCCCACCUGUAUACUCCGCACCAGUCCAACCCGACGGCAGAAGAGGCGAUGGAGCACAUCACGGCGAUCGACCAGGCACUUGACCUGUGUUCGCGCCUGCUGCGUCUUGACUCGACGACGCGACUUACCGCCUCGGCGGCUCUGAGACACGCAUUCCUUGCCAACGAGGAAGACUCUGGGCCAGACGAGCUGCUCGAGCCAGGGGACGCCAAGUGCGGCAACUUGCACAGCUACACAUCUGACGGGCAACACCAAGCGCAGUUUGGCGACAUUCUCGAGGAUAUGAGGUUUGGCCAGGGAUUCCCCCCUGUGCGAGGCGCACUUUGCCCAGAACACGAGCACUGGCAGCAGCGCAGCGGGGUGAACCCGCUCGGCGCAGCGUUUGGCGCACGCGUAGAGGAAGAGUACUUCCAGCGUGUCGGAUUCCGUCUUCGUGAGGAGUUUCUUGGCUGGGACAGUGCCGACCGGCACUAGCGGGGUGCGAGGAGGUGCGAGGAGCGGGAUUGUUGAGGAGGCCAUAAGUGCCUGUUACGAGCGGCCGUGACGAGUCUGAGAUGCCUGUUGUUAGAUACGUAGACCUGUACUCAUG